CCUACUUGCCAGGCACACAACACAUCGCUUUUUAGAGCCCACCUGACAGGAAAUAGCCCAUCAUGACCGACAGCUUCAGAAAUGCGAUGGUGAACAGGUCUCUUGGGGACAUCAAGAACAACCUCCAAUUCCUCGUCGAAGCCGGGACCAUCACCUCCGCCCAACAUGACACGAUUGUCUCCCAACUCCCCGUAUCCGCCGAGAACACCGCCCGCGCCCUGCCGGCGGUGCCAACUCAGGCCAUGUCGCACAUGAACAUCAACAGCCAGCCUACGCCCGCAGCAUCACCAGCACCCGAGAAGAAGUCAUCGAAUGUUGGCUACUAUGCCGACAACCACAACACCAAUGCGCCGCCGCCAGCGUACCCCUCCGCUCCUCUGGCCCCCGUCGGGCCCUCCGUGCUCGCAUAUGCCUCGGCGCUCUACCAGUACAACGCGCAAGACGCCGGCGACCUCGCGCUCAUGCCCAACGACAAGGUCACCGUGACCGAGUACAUGAACACGGAAUGGUGGAAGGGAAAGAACGAGCGCACCGGCAUUGAGGGCAUCUUCCCCGCCAGCUACGUCCGCAAGGACGAGAAGUCGAUGAUGCCCAUGACGCCCUCGGCGCCCGUCCCCACAAACUACGGCAACAUGCCGCUCGAUGUCGCCAGCAGCGCGCAGGCGCCGCCCCAGGAGCCCAGCAAGGCGGAGCAGAAUGGAAAGAAGUUUGGCAAGAAGCUGGGCAACGCGGCCAUCUUCGGUGCAGGUGCGACUAUUGGCGGAAAGAUUGUCAACGGGAUCUUUUAAGUUGACUUGUGCAGGUGCGACGAUUGGAGGAAACAUCGUCAACAGCAUCUUCUGAGCUGUUGAUUGGUGUUGACAUGUUCUGGCUUUGGCGUUUCGGGUCACGGGAUAUUCAUGAUAAGUCUGGGUUUUUUCUGUAUUUCAGCUGUACGUCAUUUCGAACUACUGAUUGCCAUCUCAGAGCGCAAUGUGAUUGUUGCAGCUGCCGAAA